AUGAAGGCGAUUCACCUUCGAGAAUUUGUGAAAUCCAAUUCGGACCUUGCCGUCAUAGACAUUCCAGAUCCAAUUCCGUCGUCCACAGAUGCAGUUGUGACCAUUACCCACAGUGCACUCAAUCACGUCGAUCUGCUAUAUGCACGCGGGUUGCAUCAAAACAACCAUAUCGGUCUGGUCAAACCACCUUUUACACUCGGCCUCGAGUUCGCAGGCAUUGUGAAGUCUGCCCCUCCACAGUCCGGGUUCAAAGCAGGGGAUAAAGUCUGGGGAUCGUCAGUUGGUUGUUUCGCGGAGCAGAUCGCCGUGCCUGCCAAAAAUCUCCAGCGCCUACCGGCGGGCUGGUCGCUGCGCGAUGCUGCCGGACUCGGGGCUGGAACGGUGCCAGUCAGUUACGGUGCACUGGUACGUGUGGGAGGUCUCAAGAAGGGCCAAGUGGUUCUGGUCCAUGCUGCGGCCGGCGGACUCGGUGUCGCGGCCGUGCAAAUCGCAAAAGCUAUCGGGGCCAAGGUGAUUGGUACCGUGGGAAGUGAGGAAAAGGCUGUGCCGAUAAGAAAGUUGGGUAUUCUAGGUGUGGUCAGGUACGAUCAAGAAGGGUGGGAGAAGGAAGUGCUGAAAUUGACCGACGGCGUGGGCGUCGAUUCCAUCUACGAUACUGUGGGCCUCGUGAGCAAGAGUCUCAGGUGUCUCAAGUUUGGAGGAAAUAUUGUGAUUGCAGGGUUUGCAGGCUUGGGCGGUAAGAUGGAAACGCUGGCCAUGAAUCGCGUGUUGUUGCGAGGGGCCAAAUUGUUGGGCUACAGAUACGGCGAGACGGGAAGACGACAUCCAGAGGAGAAUGAACUCAUCUGGAGAGAACUCAACGAGCUGCUAGCCACAGGCAACAUCCAACCCGUCAUAUAUGGAUCAUAUUCUGGACUAGAGAGCAUCCCAGCGGCUCUAGAUGAUCUGGCAGCGAGGAAAGUCUACGGCAAAGCUGUGAUUGAAAUCCAACCCGAACCUCAGGUUGCCAAAUUAUAA